CUGUGUGAGUCCUCCACCGUAGGACUCACACAUUAACAAUUACAGCAAAGAAUUCGACAAACUCUACAGAUGCUUCUAUAAAAGCAUCAGGAGGAUGUAUGGGCUUUGUUUUAAGAGACAGUGGAGAUGGAAAUGUCAUUUUCUUCUAGUCAUUUGGUUGUUGGUGCUGGCAGCUGCUCCACCCAAAGUGCUCAGCUACUUCCUGGGAGACACCAAAGCAGUAUUAGAUGGCUGUAAAGACCACUGGACCAUGCAGGACAGAGCUGCCAUGCCCCUGCUCUUUCAGAUGACCGUGUGCGUCGAUAUCCGAGUGGUGGUCCCUGGGACGUGGGUGGCCUUCUCUUACAACUCGGUCCACGGGCUGAGUCCCGAGCUGGGUCUGGAGGGAGAUGAGGCGGCGCUGUACGGCUGGUUGCUAAGGGUCCGACAUCGAUUUCCACUCAAACUGUCCCCACAGUUCUGGCACAGGGUGUGUUUGAGGAGGGAUGUACUGGGCGACUCCUUCAGCCUCGAGGUUGACGGUACAAUGGUGGCCAAGAGGACGGUGGUCGCUCAGGCCAUCACCCCAUCGGGCUCACUGUGGCUCGGCUGCCACCUCAGAAACCAACCUCCCGGAACGGUGCUGGGGAAAGUGGAGCUCUACCUGUUCAGGGUGUGGUCUGACACGGCUGAACACGGCUUCUGCGAGGACGGCAACGUGAUUGGCUGGAGCUCUCAGUUUUGGGGUGUGACCAGCCUGAAUGCCAGACAGAUAGACCCCUACCUCAUGUGUGCGCACAGAAGGUUGCGACGUCAAGCAUCGUGUGAACUGCAGCGAGCCGGAGUGUCUGCACUGCAACAACGGAAAGGAAAUCCAAAUAUACAAGCAAGAAUCAUAGGACAGGCGGAGAGAGUCGGUCUGAAUCUGUGUGAGAAUGUAGUUCCCUCUAGUGGUGGUUUUGUGAGGUGCAUGUCCCCAUCCACACAGAGUGAUAUCUGUCAGUCCAACACCUCCUCCAGCCUUACCUGCUCUCACAUAGAGUCUGACAGCAUCUCCACUCUUCAGGCCAAGGCCGACUCCUGCAGCAGUGAAGUUUCUCAGUUCUGUGACUGCACUGCUUUUUGUAACGCAACAAGUUGGUUUUAUACUGUUCGGAUUAAUGUCAGCCAUGCUGCCAUGAACGCUAAGACCCUGCAAAUAUUGAUGCUGACCAAUGUCACCAGAGUCUGUAGAAACAACGCUGGGCCAAUGUGUGCACAACUUAUAGAGGUUUCACAGCAUUAUAAGCGUGCUCAUCUGGAAUGCCACGGGACACCGCAGAGGUUUUAUAGCUGCAUGGUGACUCUUGAAAUGUCUGGAAAUGUAGGCAUCUGCUCCGUGGAAACAUUUGUGCAAACACUUUUUGGCCAACGCAACGGUAUCACAACCGAAGGGCCAGUGAUGCGCAUGGUGAUCUGUGGUCGUUCUGGUUUACCUUUCUAUAAACUGAUGACAUCCAACCUGACCUGGGUCGCCAGUGAUUUGCGGAGAUCUGACAUAUGCCAACCUGACCCUCCUCUGCGUAGAUGUAACGCCAAUGAGACACUUGCCGUACUCUUGACUGACAGCUGCCCGUCAACAUCUCUCAGAACAACCACAGCACAGGAGUCGACUUCCUCCACUUCAACCUCCCCAGCACCGGUCUCCACAUCCUCCACUUCAACCACAACAAAUCCAGUACAGACGUCCAUGUCUUCUGCUUUAACCACACCAGUCCAGACUCUGACCUCCACAUCCUCAAGUUUAACCACCCGAAUCCCAGCACAGACUUCCACUUCCACCACUUUAGCCAAUCCAGGAUGGGGAGUGACCACCAUGACUUCAAGCAUCUCAGUCCAAACACAGAGUUCCUCUUCAACGACACCAAGCCAGACAAUGGGCUUCAUGUCUUCGAUUUCAACCACCGGUAGCACAACACAGGCAACCACUUCCUUGAUUUCAAUCGCCCCAAAUCUACCACUGACCUCAACACCCUCCAGUUCAACCACCCCAAGCCGAACACAGGCCUCCAGCCCCCCAACUUCAACCACCCCAAGACAAACACAGGCCUCCAGCCCCCCAACCUCAACCACCCCAAGCCGAACACAGGCCUCCAGCCCCCCAACCUCAACCACCCAAUCCCCAGCACAAUUAUCCACGGUCUCCACAUCCUCUAAUUCAGCCAAUCCAGGCCCGACACAGGCUACCACUUCAAACCCCCUCAAUCCACCACAGUCCUUGUCCUCCAUAUCAACCAUGCCAAACCAGACUCUGACUUCCCCUUUCCCUUCCUCAACCACCCAAAGCCCAACACAAGUUUCAACAUUCUCCACAUCCUCCAGUUCAACCAAUGGAAGCCCAACACAGGCCCCCACUUCAUUCGCUUCAAACACCCCAAGUCCAGCGCUAACAUCCUUAUCCUCCACCUCAACCACGCCAGCCCAGACUCUGACCUCCCCUUCCUCAACUCCAACAACCCAAAACCCACUACAAACCUCCGCUCCCUCAACUUUUUCUAGGGCCACAACUAACACCACUCCAACUAGCAACAGAACACACGAACAUGCGGCAACGACUCCUUUCACAACAUUUAACGCUACACAAUCCUCAACAACUCCACCUGCUGUACAAAGCACCUCACAAAACCUGCCUGUACACAACACAACUGUGUACAGCAACACAACAUUGUUUACACCCGUUGGAAAUUCAAACCCAGCUUCUGUCAAUGCAACUCCAACCAACGCUACAACUUCUGGAAGCAGGAAAACAUUACAAAACAGUACAGCUACUCAAAUUCCUCUAGCGCUUAACAAAACAUUGACUUCCAACCGUACAACAAUGUACACUGUAACUACAGAUGUAACAUUUACACCUACUUCCAACGAUACAGCAAUGUACAACACAACUACAACAGAAAUAUUUACACCUACUCCCAAUGAUACUUUAGUCUACAAUGUCACUACAACUGGAACAUUUACACAUACUACCAAUAAUCAUAAUAAAACACUGUACAACGCAACUACAACUGAAGCAUUUACACCUACGCCUAAUGAUAGUUCAGUAUACAAUGGAAUCACAACCGCAACAUUUACACCUACCCCCAAUAAUAUAACAGAGAGCAAUGCAACUACAGCUGCAACAUUUACACUUACUCACAAUAAGACUGUAGACUACAAUGCAACUACACCUACUCCCAAUGAUACAACAGUUUACAAUGCAACUACAACCGAAACAUUUACAGCUACUCCCAAUGAUACAACAGUUUACAAUGCAACUACAACAACCAAAAUAUUUACACCUACUCCCAAUGAUACAACAGUUUACAAUGCAACUACAACCGAAACAUUUACAGCUACUCCCAAUGUUACAACAGUUUACAAUGCAACUACUACAACCAAAACAUUUACAGCUACUCCCAAUGAUGCAACAGUUUACAAUGCAACUACAACCAAAAAAUUUACAGGUACUCCCAAUGAUACAACAGUUUACAAUGCAACUACUACAACCGAAACAUUUACACCUACUCCCAAUGAUACAGCAAUUUACAAUGCAACUACAACCAAAACAUUUACAGCUACUCCCAAUAAUACAACAGUUUACAACGCAACUACCACAACCGAAAAUUUUACACCUAUUCCCAGUGAUACAACAGUUUACAAUGCAACUACAACUGAAAGAUUGCAAAGAUUUACACCUACUCCCAAUGAUACAAUGGUGUACAACACAUCUACAACCGAAAGAUUUACACCUACUACUGAUAAUACAACAGUGUACAAUGCAACUACAACUGAAACAUUUACACCUACUCCCAAUGAUACAACAGUUUACAACGCAACUACUACAACCAAAGCAUUUACACCUACUCCCAAUAAAACAUCAGAGUACAAUGUAACUACAGCUGCAAAAUUUACACCUACUUACAAUGAUACAACAGUUUACAACGCAACUACUACAACUGAAACAUUUACACCUACUCCCAAUGAUACAACAGUUUACAACGCAACUACUACAACCAAAAUAUUUUCACCUAAUCCCAAUAAGACAUCAGUGUACAACGCAAAUACAACCGAAGCCUUUACACCUACUCCCAAUAACCCAUCAGAUGUACAACGCAACUACAGUCAGAACAUUUACACCUACUGCUAA